AUGGCAGUGGCGGACAGGCUGAUGGGCGUGCAGGUGGUGGCGCUGAGCGAGCUGGCAGUGGGGGAAGCCAAGGACUUUGAGUUGCUUAAGUUGAUGGGCGUGCAGUUGGUGGCGCUGAGCGAGCUGGCAGUGGGGGAGGAGAAGGACUUUGAGCUGCGCCUGGCGCCGCGCUUCAGCGACCUGGGGGGGGGACAGUCGGGGGGGAGGAGCCGAAGGGACAUCGGGAGUGUGUGCUUCCGCCUGCUGUACAACCCUCUGGGUGAGAACGAGGCCCCCCCACCAAUGGACGCGGAGGAGAUGCAGGAGGAGGAGGCGGAGGCGUUCCCCGAGUGGGUGCCGGUGGGGGGCGGGCUGCUGCGCGUCAUUCUGAAGCGCGGCGAGGGGUUGGAGGCACGGCACCACGCCAACCCGUUUGUGGUGCUGCGCUUCCGAAACCAGGAGUGGCAGAGCCAGGAGGCGGUGGGGUACUGUGAGAUACAGCUGAGCGAUGUGGUGAUCAACGGGCGAAUCAACGACCUCUACCCUCUCAUCGACUCCAAGGGGCAGCUCCAGCUCGAGCUACAGUGGCACCGCCGUACCGACGCCUCUCAGGUCGCAGAAGAGACGUCGCUUGCCACCCGCGUGGGCCAGAUGAUACAGCAGACGGCGGUGGGGAAUAUAAUCACGCAGACGGUUAAUCGGAUGGAGAACGCUUCAGAGGAGGUCAAGGCACGCUGGCAGCAGCCAUAG